CUCCAACCUUCAACUGCAAUUCACCACAAUGCACCGACAAUAAACCCUAUCACAAUAAACUCCCACAAACCAAACCAAAACCAACAGCCACCCACAAUGCCCCGCCAUCCUCACCACCCACCGCAACAGCAACAUGCCCAUCUCCGCCGUCACCCCGCCUUCGAAUCAACAUCCACGCCUCCAGCCCCCGACACAAUAGCAUCACAUCCCACAGCCCCGACCCGAACACUACCGCCCGAUCCUCGCCUCCUCAACGCCGCCGCCGCCGCCUCGAACGCUCAAUCGCGCUCGCGCGCCCAGUUCCAGACUCCCCCGUCGCGCGCCAUCCCGCAGCUCCAUCCCUCCUCGGGACCCCUCGAGCCCUCCGACACGGUCCACCCCGCUGCCGCGGCGCAGGCGGCCAUCUUCUCGCUCUUCGGGCGCGGCGUGCCAGGCAGGCAGAGACAUGGCAACUAUGCACCGCCGCAGGGACAGCCUCAACCUCCGCAACCGCAACCGCAGGGUCCAAUGCAGGGGAUAGGGCGGAGGCGCCAGGUCCUGGGGUAUAACGAGGACGAGGGGGAGGGUUUUCACGAGGUGUCUGACGAGGAGGAUGUGGGGGAAGAGGACGAAGAGGAAGAAGAGGUUGACUAUGAGCUCGACGACGAGGAGGAUGCUCGGUUCGCGGACCAGUCGCUACAAGGGGCGCGGGUCAGACGACGGGGGUUCACGGAUCGGAGUCGGAUUACGCUGGAUCCGGAGGGGAAUGAGAUUGACAUGUCGGAUGAGGAUAUGGAGGGGGUUGUGGACGAUGAGUUGGAGGAGGUCGAGGAUGAGGAGGAGGUUGUUGAGGAAGGGGAUGUCGAUGAGGAUGAGAUGAUGCAGGAUCGUGAACGAUCCCCCUCCCCCCUCCCCGCUAACCUCCGCGAGAUCUCCUCCCUCGCAUCGUGGACCGUCUCGACGCACAAGCCGGGCUGCGGCGUCGCCGCCCUCCGCAACCCGUCACCAACCCAGUACUGGCAGUCUGACGGGCCGCAGCCGCACACGCUGACGCUGCACUUCUUCAAGCUGGUAGCGGUGGUCAAGAUCCGCGUGUACCUGGACUGCGAGAUGGACGAGAGCUACACGCCCACGAAGAUGACCUUCCUCGCGGGGAUGGGCGGCAACGACGUCGUGGAGUUUGCGACCUGGGAAGGCGAAGGACCGUGCGGAUGGGUGGACGUGCCGCUAGAAGGCGUCGGCGGACGAGACGGCGGCUGGGUGCGGAAGAAGCGGAGACGACGCGUGCGCAAGGGCGAGAAGCAGAAGAAGAAGACGCCAUACAACGCCGCCGCCGCUGCGAGCAGCAGCAGCACGAUCCGCAACGACUACGUCGAGGACGAGGACGAAGGCGAGGGCGACGAGACGGCCGAGGAGGAAGACGACGAGGAUGAUCCGUACGCGGGCAACGUGCUCAAGGCCAUGGUCAUCCAGAUGCGCGUGAUCGAGAACCACCAGAACGGCAAGGACACCCACGUGCGCGGGUUCCAGGUGUUUGCGCGCGACGACGAGCGCCGACGCAUGGGCAAUGCGCCGUCGGCGUCGGCGGACGGUCGCGUGCGCAGACACAGUGCGCGCAAGUCAUUGCGGGCGAGCACCAAUGAAGAAGGGCCGGAGGCGCGUGGCGAGGCAGCUGGGGAUCUGGAUCGAGGGAAGGUGGUCGGACUCGAGGCGCCGGAUUGGAUGGGAGAACCGGUGAUUCGGUAGGGUUGCAUACAUGGUUGUCUUAUUCGAAGUGUCGUUGAUAUGAUCCCUUUGUUUUACUACGCUAUGCUUUAAUAACGAAUGCCCUGGAAGGAAAAGGAAUCGGAGGCCGGUGUUCUGGACAUCUGGGAAGGAGCAUCUCAAUUGCCUGAACGAUGUUGUUGUUGAUGCUGAUAUUCGGAGUUUAUGGUUAUGCAGAUUGAUACCCAUGGUCUACUAGACUUACCCUUAG